UCCGUAACAGUACCUUGAGAUCGACAACAUGUCUCGAGGGAAUAAAACCAUCUACCCAGACAACCUCGCCGAUACAAGCGCCCGUGGAGAAGCGCAGAUGUCGGGGGACAUGCAACGUCCGCCAUCAGUCCCACGAGAGGGAGACGCGGGUGAUGGCAACGAUGAAGAUGGAGGGUCCGCGCGGGAGUCCGGGUUCAGUGCAGGAAGCACGGGCGGCGCUGGCAAGAGGAAGAAGAUGCGCCAGCAGACGUUCGACGCCAUCGCCAAAGUCAUGGAGAAGCACGGUACAUUGAUGGCGGACACUGUGAAGGGGGCAAGCAAGCGGCAGUGUUCUAUCCUGGAGUGGCAGUGCGACAUACUCGAGCGCGAGGUUGACACCCAGAAGCCGCACUAUGAGGCGUCCGACGAGGCGAACCGGAUGAUGUGCACUGCGCUGAUGGAAAUCGUGAAAGCCAUCAGGGACAGUGGGAGUGAUCGUUCUGAAAGGAUCGUCAUCAGCGCGUCGGCACCACAAACGCCCGUGACUUCAACGGCGACGAUCGUGUCCGCUGUUGCAAAGGACCCGUUCAUGUGCCACAGGCGUGCCACGUGGAGUCGUCAAGCACGAACACGGUCGGCGGGUCAUCGAGGGAUGUCGUCCCGUUGUCGCAUGCAGGAAGCGGUGGUGUCCAUGGCCCGAGCAUCGUGGCGGGGGAAAGGCGAGAAGAACGGGGGCCCAGUGAGGCGGGGAGGAAAGACGAGAGGACAGAUGACACUUCGCGACGAGGACGACGACAGUCUUCGCACGAAGAAGAAAACAACACGGCAGGAGGAGUUGGAGGCGAAGUCGAAGUUGUGGACAGACGGGAAGACAUUCUGGGGAAGCGGAUCUGGUCGCCUGAUCGCGGACGCUGUGCUCGAUUGCGCAGACUACUACUGCGCGAUCGUCAAUGGUGAUGAAGGCGCCACCGCAUCGCGUGGCCUGAUCAUGCCACCCCCCGAUGUUCCGUGUUUGCGAAUCCAAGAUCUUGUGCAGCGAGACGCAGCCCACGCUCGCUCUAAGGAUGGACAUUCCAUUGUGGUACGUGGGGGCCUACAUCGAGGACAGGCCUAAGGACGACGACAUGGCUGCCCAUCAAGAGUCAACGGUUUGACGUUUGGCAUCCUGCUUUCACGAUGCGCUCCGAGGCGGACAAUGGUCGGACAACG